GUCGCGCAUUGCCUAAUAUGGCGUUGCUAUCCAAAACCGUUUUGCAGUUUUGAUCAACCUAGAUUUGGCUUGCCAAUGUUAAUUUCUAUUUAAUAAUUUUAUCCUAGAAAUCGCUUGUACAUAUUUAUAAAAGGAUGUCGUUUCGAGUUGUGAGAAGUUCUAAGUUUCGUCACGUUUAUGGGCAAGCUUUGAAAAGAGAACAGUGCUAUGAUAACAUACGUGUGUCCAAGAGUUCUUGGGAUUCAACAUUUUGUGCUGUUAAUCCAAAAUUUCUAGCAAUCAUUGUCGAAUCCGCAGGGGGCGGUGCCUUUAUUGUUUUGCCUCAUAGCAAGGUUGGUAGAAUUGCUGCUGAUCAUGCUCUGGGGGGCCAUAAAGGUCCGGUUUUGGAUAUAGCUUGGUGUCCACAUAAUGACAAUGUCAUUGCUUCAGGAUCUGAAGAUUGCGUUGUGAAGGUAUGGCAAAUCCCUGAUGGUGGAUUGUCUCGAAAUACUGAACCAGUAGUGGAUUUACUAUAUCACCAACGCCGUGUAGGUUUGGUAUUAUGGCAUCCUACCGCUCAAAAUGUACUGUUGACUGCAGGCUCAGACAAUCAGGUUGCUAUUUGGAAUGUGGGUACUGGAGAAAUAUUAUUUCAUCUUGAUUGCCAUCCUGAUGUUGUUUACUCAGCAUGUUGGAACUGGGAUGGUUCCAAAUUAUUAACAACAUGUAAAGAUAAGAAAAUAAGAUUAAUUGAUCCACGAACUGGUGAAGUAGAGUCAGAAGCCAUUUGCCAUGAAGGGAGCAAGGCUACGCGAGCAAUCUUUUUGAAACAUGGACUUGUAUUUACUACUGGGUUUUCUAAAUCAUCAGAAAGGCAGUAUUCCUUAAGGGCACCAGAUUCACUUUCUGAACCAAUUGUGAUGGUGGAACUGGAUACCUCUAAUGGUGUAAUGUUUCCAUUAUAUGAUCCUGAUACUAGUUUAAUUUUCUUAUGUGGAAAGGGUGAUUCGGUUAUAAGAUACUUUGAAGUAACACCCGAACCUCCAUUUGUACAUUACAUCAACACUUUCCAAACACCUGAUCCACAAAGAGGAAUAGGAAUGAUGCCAAAACGUGGCUGUGAUGUUACUACAUGUGAAAUUGCUAAAUUUUACAGGCUUAACAACUCAGGAUUUUGCCAAGUAAUAUCAAUGACCGUACCUCGUAAAUCUGAAUUAUUCCAAGAAGAUUUAUACCCUGAUACUUUAUCGGAUGAGGCUGCAUUAUCUGCAGAAGAAUGGGUUGAGGGCAAAGAUGCGGAACCAAUCCUUAUAUCAUUGAAGGGUGGCUAUGUCUCUCAACAAAGCAAUACUCAAUUAACAGUUACAAAGAAACCAAACGUUCUUGAUAAAAUUCCACCAAGCGGUGCCAAAGCUGCUGCCAUUACAAGUAUUGGAGGUCAAACAGCUAAUACUUCAAUAGUGUCUGAGAAAGCUAUGCAAGAAUUUGCAGAAGAAAUUCGUAAAUUGAAAGCUGUUAUAGUAAAGCAUGAAAACCGCAUCAGAUCAUUGGAGGGGCAAGUGAAGACGUUAUCGGAUAAUGACUCAUGCUCUGUUCCCACUAGCGGUGGCGGAGACAAGAAAAGCUCAGCUGUAGAGUCUGAUAUUGACUUACAAAACAUGGCCAUUGAUGAAGUUUAAUAGUUAUAAAAUUAAGGUAAUUAAUUAUUGAUAUUAGGUAAGAUA